GAAACAGCGAAUAGAGAGGGGGAGAGGGAGAUUUAGAAAGAGAAGAGGGGUCGGAUUCAGUGGUGGUUUGUGAAAGCCAGACUGGGGAGCUGUUGACGGUGUUACCAAGAGUGAUAGCGAUAUGAUUUCAUAAUCAUAGAGCGUUAAUAACAAUGACAAUGACAGAUGUGGUGUGAAUCACGACAGCUCUUCAAUGCAUCUUAUCAGUGGAUUUCUCAUCAGAUUGAUCUAAUCGUAGAUUUGCUGGUCGAUACCAUUAACACCGAUUAUAUAUGUAUCUUCAGGACUUGUUUGGGGGCUAAUAAACUCUGGAAUAUUUCUUUCAUUUUUACGGAUUGAUUUUAUGGAUUAUCUGUCAGACACCUUUCCAGCGUGCUACAGGGACGAAUGUCAUCAAACUUAAAUACAAUUAAUCUUCUUCCUUGAUUUCGAGUGUGGCCGUUGGGACCACCUAGCAACCCCGCCACCAUGACUACGACGACGGCACCACAGACAUCAAGUGACGUCAUGGUUAAACCGCCGAUGAUAACUCGGAAAUCCAGACAAUACCAGACAGCCGUAGAAAGAUGGAGCUCCCUUCGCCAGAACAGCACUCGCUCCUUUGAUCGCCUCAAUCUCAGAAAUAAGUACGAGGAGGAUCGGCUGGUACAGAAACACAGGGAUAUCAGUGAGCUGAGCGACGCGCAACUCAAAGAACUGUUCCGUAUCAAGAACGAGAUGCGCGUAGCUCUUGUCGACAUUGCCCGAAGCAAACGGCAGUACAGUAGCAAAGAGUCCGAAUUCGAGAGCCGCUUACGUUGUGGGAACCAAUCACCGAUCUUCAAGAUGGAGUACAGAAGGCUAAGAAAGAAACAGGUCGAGUUGGGGAAACUCUGCGAACAGCUGCAAGGCCCGAAUUCGAAACUCCUCGCUUCGAAUCUCACCACUGAGCUGAAGGCCGUGGACGCGAAAGCAACAAAGGAAGCAAUGCGCGGAGAAGCCAAAUAUAAAAGCAAAUGGCUAGCUCCUCUUAAGGCUAUGGCCAAAGCACAAGACUCCGCUGAAGGUGGUGCUGUAGCAGGGACAACCCAAGAAAAACCAGCUGGAAAUGACUUUGCGAAUCUGGUCAAACUGGUACAUAAACAAUUCAAGAAGGCUUCCAUCUCCGCGAUCAAAGAGUCUGCCCAAGCGUCAGAAAUAGAGAGCGAAAACACACAAGAACCAAACGCAUCAAUUAAAUCCGUGCCGCCUGAUUCCAACCCAGAACAUCCAAAGACGGCAACGGAAUCAUCAAAACCUCUUGAAAGUUCCGUGCCGCAAAACGAAAGCAAAGAUGAACAGUCACGUCCAGACAGCCGCCCUCCACCACAAGGCUUGAUCCCCAUAUCAUCCGCUAUCUCCCUUCUGGCAAGCUCCCCAACAAAGAGCACUGAAGAACCAAUCGCGCCAAAACGGAAGAAGCGAUUACGAAAGGACACUGACAGGACCUUACCCACUGUACCGGAAGGGAGCGAACGCGCGACACCGAAAACGGCGGUACCGAAAGCACCCGAACCUCCAACGAAACCAAAGCCUAGAAAGAACAAAAAGCAGAAAGCGCGCUCAGUUGUUAUGAAAGGAAUGCAUAGAGGAACGGAUGCACACGUCUCAAGAACAGAGUCAGCUCAUCGUAGGGACCGAAUGAUGAAGAAGCGAUUGUCCGACCUAGCAACGAGGACUAAAGAAGACAUUGCCAACAGAAGAAGUAUCAGUCCCCAUGAGGAGGCUCUGAACAGUAUCCAUCAGGUGGAAGUGGUAGCGCGUCUUCAGCUUGCUCGAUCCAAGGUCGGGAUCACACUUCCUGAGAUGCGAACGGAGAAGGGUAGACACAAAACCCGUACAUCAAGAGAUCAAACAUCCAUCAGUCUUCCACCUGUCAACGUAGAGGGCAGGCUAUUGAGGGAACUGAAGGAGCAGAGAAGAAAGCACAAAAGUCAAUCAACGGGGCUCCCAAAAUUACCUUGACAGAUUGCCUAACUCAUGGGAUUAAUAUACAUAACAGGCUGCUCCAAAUCACGCUUCCAUGAUGAUUGAUGAAAUUUCUAUCCUUUUAUAUUUGCUACAAUUGGAAUCACUGGCGUCAAUCCAAGCGCUAAACCUAUUCAGCCGGGGGGGGGGGGGGUGGUGAUCUAUUGUUUCAACCCCCACUUGAAUAGUAUGAC